AUGGAGGAGGAGGCCUCUGUCGGGGUUGGCCCUUCCGGUUUGCCUCAGAACGGUGCGCGAUGGCGCACUGCUCGAGGGAAAAGAGCCGUUGGAGCUGGUGGAGAGGCUAGUUGGGCCAGUAGCGUGAUCAAUCUGGUCAACACGAUUAUCGGAGCCGGUGUACUUGCGAUGCCACUCGCUAUCUCGCAUAUGGGAAUCGUUCUAGGAGUCUUGGUGAUUCUAUGGUCUGGAGUGACGGCAGGAUUCGGUCUCUAUCUCCAAUCUCGAUGCGCCCAAUAUCUCGACCGAGGCAGCGCUUCAUUCUUUGCCCUGUCGCAAUUAACAUACCCCAAUGCCGCCGUGGUAUUUGAUGCUGCUAUUGCGAUUAAAUGCUUCGGCGUUGGUGUGAGCUAUCUGAUCAUCAUUGGCGACCUCAUGCCCGGAGUCGUACAAGGCUUCGUGGGAGGCGAACCUGUCUAUGACUUCCUGAUCGACCGCCAUUUCUGGGUGACGGCAUUCAUGUUGAUUGUGAUUCCUCUUUCCUACUUGCGCCGAUUGGACUCCCUCAAGUACACCAGUGUUGCAGCCCUGGUAUCCAUGGCCUACUUGGUCGUCUUGGUCGUUUACCACUUUGUUAAGGGUGAUACCAUGGCGGAACGAGGCCCAGUUCGCGUUAUUCACUGGGCUGGCGCGGUCCCGACAUUGAGCAGCCUUCCGGUUAUUGUCUUCGCUUUUACAUGCCAUCAAAAUAUGUUCUCCAUUCUCAAUGAGAUUAAGAAUAACAGCCACUUCCGCACAACGGGUGUUGUGCUUGCCAGCACUGGUAGCGCCGCUGCAACCUACAUUCUAGUCGCCAUCACGGGCUAUCUGUCUUUCGGUAAUAAAGUUGGUGGCAACAUCGUUGGAAUGUAUCCCCCUGGAGUUGCCGCUACAAUCGGGCGUGCUGCAAUUGUCAUGCUUGUUGUUUUCUCCUACCCACUCCAAUGCCACCCAUGCCGAGCCUCUGUGGACGCCGUGUUGAAAUGGCGUCCAAAGUCACAGCCUACUGGCACCGAGGCUUCUCCCCACCGUCAUCCCCUGCUUGGUCCGCGCGGUACCCGCACACCAGAGCCGAUGAGUGACCUUCGUUUUUCGGUUAUCACCACUACUAUCCUUAUUCUGAGCUACAUCGUCGCCAUGACGGUAUCUUCCCUCGAAGCUGUUCUUGCAUAUGUGGGAAGCACCGGCAGCACAAGUAUCAGUUUCAUUCUGCCGGGCCUCUUCUACUACAAGAUCUCUUCUCCUGAUUCGCCCACCCAUCGUGGCUUACUGAAAGAGGAUGAUGAAGCUGUUGACGGCCUAUCUGAUGACGAUGACGACGACGAUGCUGAUGGCGAAGGCUCCCUGGCACGCUCAUUAACUGAAAGCGGCCUGUUGCUCCGCAACACUCGUCACUGGCGCAAAGCCUUGCUACGACGCCUAAGUUUGGGCCUAGCUAUGUACGGCGUUCUGGUCAUGGUUGUGUGCCUGAUCACGGACACAUUCUUCAUUGCAUCGCAUUGA